UACAAAAUGGCGCUCAUCAUUCUUUUUCUGGCUUAUUCAAUGCUAAAAUGCUCAGCUCAAGCUAGGAUCAAAAAUCUUAAAUAUUAUUCUUGUUCUUUUGUGGUCGGUUUCUCACCAUAUAUUUCUCUCUCACUUUGGUGUCUCCUGUGUCUCUCUCUCGUUUUUUCAUCAUCUUCAUCAUCUCCUUCAUCAUCCUCGUCUUUAUUAAAUAAAUAAAUAAUAAUAAUCAUCAUUGUUACAAUUUAGUUAAAUACCAUGAUCAAAAGAAAAGUCGGAGGCAGAGGUCCCAUUUCGAAUGGACCAAUGCAUACUAGACCUCUAGUUGCCCUUUUGGACGGACGUGAUUGCUCAGUUGAGAUGCCAAUAUUGAAAGAUGUUGCAACGGUUGCCUUUUGUGAUGCCCAAUCUACACAGGAGAUUCAUGAGAAAGUGUUGAAUGAGGCUGUUGGAGCCCUUAUGUGGCAUACAAUUACUUUAACUAAAGACGAUCUCGACAAAUUUAAGGCUCUUCGCAUCAUUGUUAGGAUUGGUUCAGGAGUGGAUAAUGUUGACAUUAAAGCUGCUGGAGAAUUAGGUAUUGCUGUUUGCAAUGUACCCGGUUAUGGUGUCGAAGAAGUAGCAGAUGCAACCCUUUGUUUAAUAUUGAACUUAUAUAGACGGACUUACUGGUUAGCAAAUGCUGUACGAGAAGGUAAAAAAUUUCAAGGGCCUGAACAAAUUCGUGAAGCAGCAGCAGGAUGUGCUCGAAUCAGAGGAGAUACCCUAGGAAUUGUUGGUUUAGGACGAAUUGGUACUGCAGUCGCCCUAAGAGCAAAAGCAUUCGGAUUCAAUGUUAUAUUUUAUGAUCCAUAUUUACCGGAUGGUAUUGAAAAAUCUCUGGGACUUACUCGUGUUUACACUUUGCAAGAUUUGCUUUAUCAAAGCGACUGUGUCUCUCUACAUUGCACCCUCAAUGAACACAAUCACCACCUAAUUAACGAAUUUACAAUUAAACAGAUGCGACCUGGUGCCUUCCUGGUCAACACUGCACGUGGUGGUUUAGUUGAUGAAAAUGCGCUAGCUGCCGCUUUAAAAGAUGGAAGGAUUAGAGCUGCUGGUCUUGAUGUUCAGGAGAAUGAACCCUAUAAUCCCAUGAGCGGUCCACUCAAGGAUGCCCCUAACUUGAUAGUUACACCCCAUGCAGCAUGGUAUAGUGAGGCAAGUUGCACUGAGCUUCGUGAAAUGGCAGCCUCUGAAAUAAGACGAGCCAUAGUCGCACGUAUACCGGAUUCACUCCGUAACUGUGUUAACAAAGAAUAUUUCGUCUCAAGCGCUUAUGGAGAGACUUUAAAUGGGUCCACAGGAUAUAACUUCCAUUCGAUGGCUCCCCACUCUACAACUCUUGACUCCAUGCCUACCGGAGCUCCUGGAGCAGCAGCAGCAGCCCAUGCAACCCCUCAUUCGACACUUCAAGAAGCCGUUCAAUUAACUCCUAAGCCAGAGAGCUCGGAGCUUCAUUAAAGUUAUCAUUCAUAUUUGAGAAAAUAAUUACUCAGACACCACCAACAAACAACAAAAAUUUAAUACAAUCUUCAAAAAACCACCAAACAAACAAAUAAACAAAUCAUAAAAGAAGUAAGCUGCAGUUUGGUUGACAAAAAUUGAGAUAAACACCACCUCAAAACCCUUUUUCAUAAAAAGAAACAAAAUACACCUACACCAAACAACACAUACAUAAAAAAUUAUUUGAAAGCCAUCCAGCUGAACCCUUUUCUUGCUAUAAGUCCCUUUUCUUCUCAACGAAACAGAAACAAAAAAGAUUGAGGAUAGGUGUGAUGUACUGAUACAUGGAACCAUAACUUCCUCCAUUCUUUUAAUUGUUCAUCUGCGGACAUCUGUAGGAAAAGUUCAAUAUCAGAAUCGAUCCUCUUUUAUCACUUUGUAAUAUCUCCUCUUCAUGUUCAAUUAAUUUGAUUAAAAAACGGUAUGGUGAACGAUUUGUACUGGAGACAGAUUUGAAUAUCCUGGGAUAGAUUUAAAAUUGUUGUUGAAAGAGGACGAUUGAAACUUUAACUACUGGCAUAAAACCAAUAGCUAACUUGAUCUUUUUCCGAUACACUUUCUCAUCCUUGAUUAAUCCCAUUCACACAAAUUAAUGAAGAUAUGGUUACAUGAUUCCAAUUAUAUGUCUCACCUGACCAAUCAUCGUCAUCAUCAUCAUCACCAUCCACAAAAAUCAUCUUUCACCAUCCAAAAAUUGUUAUUUAAUUAGGCGGAUAUUUAAUUAUAACCGCUUCUGAGAGAGCUUCUUGGAUUCCAUUCCAAUGUAGCUAAAAUCAACCAUGGUAAUCGUAACAAUCAUCUUUCUUUGCAGUUUAUGAUUAAAAGCAAAGGCUAUUUUAUCAAA